ACAUUAGACAACAACAAAAAUGCCCUCCAUUUUCUCCAGACCUUCUUCAACCUUUGCCACCUUUUAACCCUUCUCUCUCAAAAGAGAAUCCGAAUUCUACAGAAAACACACACUCUCUCUCUCUCUUAUUGUUCUCUUCCAAACAGACGAUAAACCAUGACUGAGGAAGCGCAGAAGCCAGCAGCUGAGGCAGGAGCAUCAUCCGCCGAGGUGGUAACUGUGGUUUCCGAUGUGCCUCAAGCGGAGAAACCAGUGACUCAGUCUGAACCUGAGAAGCCUGCCACGACCGAUGAGGUUAUUGAGGCUGAGAAACCCAAAACGGCUGAGGAGGAGAAAACCAUUGCUCAAUCGGUUUCUUUCAAGGAAGAAAGCUAUGUAGUCGGCGAGCUUCCGGAGUCGCAGAAGAAGGUUCUUGAGGAGUUCAAACAGCUCGUUCAAGAAGCUCUUAACAAACACGAGUUCACUGCUCCUCCAUCUCCACCGCCGGCUCCCAAGGAGGAAGAGAAAAAGGACGAGGAAGAGCUAAAAACAGAGGAAAAAACUGAAGAAAAAACUGUUGAAGAGCCUCCCAAGGCCGAGUCGUCGGCCGAGCCUCUGAAGGAGCCAGAGAAAGAGAAGGCUCCAGAACCAGCGGAGAGUGUAGUCGUCGUGACUGAGGUGGUGGAGAAGGUGGCUGCUGUGGACGAGGAUGGUGCUAAGACAGUGGAAGCAAUCGAAGAAUCCGUCGUAUCCAUCGCCGCUGCUCCAGCCGACGAGGCAACCUCAUCAGCGAAAGCUGAGGCCGAAGAGCCGAAGAAGGAAGAAGAAGUGGCUGCCCCACCUCCCCCACCAGAGGAGGUUUCCAUCUGGGGAAUUCCUCUUCUCGCCGAUGAGAGGAGUGACGUGAUCCUCUUGAAGUUCCUGAGGGCGAGAGAUUACAAGGUUAAGGACGCCAUGACCAUGCUGAAGAACACCGUCAAGUGGCGCAAGGAGUAUGGAAUCGAUGCUCUUAUUGAAGAAGACCUCGGGUGUGAUUGGGAUAAGGUUGUUUUCACUCAUGGAGUGGAUAAGGAAGGCCACCCUGUUUGCUACAAUGUUUUCGGCGAGUUCCAGAAGAAGGAGUUGUAUCAGAACACGUUCUCCGAUGAUGAGAAGCGGACCAAGUUCAUCAAGUGGAGGAUUCAGUUCUUGGAGAAGAGCAUCAGGAAAUUAGAUUUCAAUCCCACUGGUCUCUCCACCAUCGUUCAGGUCAACGAUCUCAAGAAUUCUCCUGGAUUCUUUCUCAACAAAGAGCUUGUCACCGGCCAGGCAAUUCAGCUGCUUCAGGACAAUUAUCCUGAGUUCGUAGCCAAACAGGUGUUCAUCAACGUUUCAUGGUGGUACUUGGCCUUCAGUAGGGUUAUCAGUACUUUCCUCACUCAGAGGACUAAGAGCAAGUUUGUGUACGCUGGUCCAUCAAAGUCUGCCGACACCCUUUUCAAAUACAUAGCUCCUGAACAAGUUCCAGUUCAACAAGGUGGUUUGAGCCAAGAUGGUGAGCAGGAAUUCACCUCAUCUGACUCUGUCACAGAAGUCACCAUAAAACCAUCAACCAAACACACCGUUGAAAUUCCAGUCUCUGAGACCAGUGUCCUGGUUUGGGAACUCAGAGUUUUGGGUUGGGAUGUGAGCUAUGGUGCUGAAUUCGUGCCAAGUACGGAGGGUCACUACACUGUAAUCGUACAAAAGGCAAGGAAAGUUAAUUCCACGGAAGAACCACUGAUUUCCAAUAGCUUCAAAGUAGGUGAAUCAGGCAGGAUUGUCCUCACCAUUGAUAACCAAAGCUCCAAGAAGAAGAAGCUCUUGUACAGGUCUAAGACCAAAACCUGUUCUGAGCAAUAAGCCAUAUGGUACAAAUUAAAGAUUGCCAGCGGAGUUUACCAAAUCUGAAAUCUAAUACUGCCGAAACAUUCAAAUAUUUGGAAGCAGGGGCAGGGUUCUUUGUUUUUUUUUGAAGAAAAAGACACCAGGUUUAUUUUUUAUUUUGGUUGAUAUUUAAUUUUGUUCAUGAUUUAUACAAGUUCUGGAAUUGUAUUUAAUUUGUUCUUGUCUUAUCAUAAUUAUAAUUUCUUUUGUUCAAAAAACAAAAGUCUUUGGGGAUGAGUAGGAAGGGUUGCACAUUUGUGUGUAUAUGUUUUUGUUUUGGGGGAGAAGGCACGUGUUUGGAUUUUGGACAUAAAAGCUGUGUUACUAUUUCAGACUCUUUUGUCUGUAAACUUUGGGUAAAUUUUAUGUUUAUUAUUCCUACUA